UAAAUUGCCCUUUAUGGCCAUAAUUCAUGUUCUUGGAUCAUCAAUAUUCUUCUUCUACAUUCUUCUCUCCAUUACAACAACAACAACUUCUUCCAUUUCUGAAUCUGAAUCUCUUCUAAAGCUCAAGCAAUCCUUCACCAACGCAACUUCUCUCGAUUCAUGGAAUCCGACGACGGAGCCCUGCUCCAAGAACGGGCCCCGUUGGAUCGGCGUGAUAUGCGACAGCAGCGGAGUCGUUUCGAGCCUCCGUCUCGGGAAUUUGGGCCUCUCGGGUAAGAUAGACGUCGACGCAUUGGUCCCGCUUUCGGGCCUUCGGAGUAUCGCCUUCAUGUCGAACGCUUUCGCGGGCCCCAUACCGGAGUUCCACCGGAUGGUUAAUUUGAAGGGGUUGUACCUCUCUGAUAACGGGUUUUCAGGAGAGAUCCCGUCGGAUUAUUUCACCAAAAUGAUGGGGUUGAAGAAGGUUUGGUUGUCCGGGAAUAGUUUCACGGGCCCGAUUCCAUAUUCGUUGUCGCAGCUGUUCCAUUUGAUGGAGUUGCAUCUCGAGGACAAUAGAUUCUUCGGGAAUAUUCCGCCGCUCGAGCAAACAAGUCUAGUUUCACUCAACCUUUCCAACAACAAUUUAGAAGGCGAAAUACCUAUGGUCCUUUCGAAAUUCGGCCCGGAUUCGUUCAGAGGCAAUCCCGGGCUCUGCAGUGCGCAUCUAGGCAACUCGUGCAGCUCGUCCAUCACUGCGUCGAGCGAGCGGUUGGAAAACAGUUCGUACUACCGCAGUGUGGUUAACUGGAUCCUAGUAGUGUCGGGCCUCGUUUUUCUUCUGAUGGUGAUUGGGAUAUUCGUCCUGAAGCGGAGGCAGGACAGCAGCCUCGAUUUCAUGCUCGACGAUUCGUAUAGUUUCAGGGGGGCGUCGAGCAUCAGGAGGAAGAGCAAGCACGAACCGGGCCGGGACAGGUACGGGCCGGGCUCGAGCCGGAGGGCGUCGAAGAAAUUCGGAGACGAUAUAGUAAUGAUUAGCGACGAAAAGGGCGAGUUUGGUAUGAGUGACUUGAUGAGGGCGGCUGCCGAGGUUCUCGGAAACGGAGCUUUAGGGUCUUCGUACAAGGCCACCAUGGGUAGCGGUUUCACGGUGGUGGUGAAGAGAGUGAAAGAGAUGGCAAAGAUGGGGAAAGAGCAGUUCGACGUCGAGAUGAGAAGGCUCGGCAGUUUGAAGCACGAGAACGUGUUGGCGCCGUUGGCUUAUCAUUAUCGAAAAGAAGAGAAGCUCUUGGUUUACGAGUAUCAACCCAAAGGCAAUUUGCUAUUUUUGUUGCACGGUGACAGAGGCAGCUCCCAUGCCGAGCUGACGUGGCCGGUGAGGCUGAAGAUAAUCAAAGGAAUCGCAAGAGGAUUGGGGUACCUCCACAACCAGCUCUCGUCACUAGACUUACCCCACGGUGACCUAAAAUCGAGCAACGUCAUCCUAACCGACGAGUACGAGCCGUUGAUCGUGGACUACGGAUUCUGCUCCUUGAUAAGUGGGGCCCGCGCAGCUCAAACCCUAACGGCGUUCAAAUCACCCGAGGCCCUCGUGGACCGCUACAUCUCGCCCAAAUGCGACGUUUAUUGCCUAGGCGUAGUUAUUCUCGAGAUUAUAACGGGGAAAUUCCCCUCGUUUUAUCUCAACAGAGGCGAGCAUGGCGGGAUAGAUAUAGUACAGUGGGUGCAGUCGGCGGUUUCCGAGGGGAAAGAGGAAGAUUUAUUCGACCCGGAUAUCGAAAUAAGCGACAAGGAUUGGUUGGGCGAGAUGAAGAAAGUGCUCCACAUUGGUGCGGCUUGCACGGAGAGCAAACCGGAGCUCCGUUUAGACCUAACGGAGGCCGUUAGGCGGAUCGAGUGUUUACGGGUCGACCCGUUUUGUACCGUCGUCGGGUUAUGAAUGGUUUAUUACAGUGUUGAUCGUAGCGAGUUGUAUAUCUUAUCGAAUGAUGA